UUCUCUCAACCUUGUGAGCCACCUAACCAAGACUAUAUUCAUGUGAGAGCGAGAAGGGGCCAAGCUACUGAUAGCCAGAGUCUAGCAGAGAGGGCAAGUAGAGAGAAGAUCAGUGAGAGGAUGAAAAUUCUCCAAGAUUUGGUCCCUGGAUGCAACAAGGUUAUUGGAAAAGCAUUUGUCCUCGGUGAGAUUAUUAAUUAUGUCCAGUCGCUGCAACAGCAGGUUGAGUUCCUCUCAAUGAAGCUUGAAGCAGUUAAUUCAAGGAUGAAUACGAACCCCACCAUUGAGGGAUUUGCUCCGAAAGAUGUAAGGGUGCGAUACAUUAGUUUGAGUUGGAUCAGGAGCAGGAUUAGUACUUCAGUUCGUCAUCCAUAAUCAAUGGCCAGCUUUGCCUAGGUUUCUCAUCAUCUGGUGUUGAAAUGAGUUUCCUGUCUAUUUGAACUAAUAUGAUGUCAUUAUGUAGAAAAUGCAUUGAUCUUCUCAUGUAUUAUUAACUGGAUAAACAUUAGACAAUUACCUUAGUAUGCAGAAAAAAUCUCCUAGGUUAACAUUAGUUGUUAAGGCAUGUAAGCAAA